GCCUUCCCCACUGUCACAGGGUGGAAGCCCCCAGUGGGGUCAGCGGUGUGCCGCAGGGCUGACACAGUCACGGUUUGCUUUGAUGACCCAACAACGUCACAUCUGCCCCACUUUCUUCUCUGAUCUCAGAACCUGGUUCUGUGUUGCAGGUCAGGAGAGCAAGCUGGUUGCUGUCAUCCCCUGCACUGACCAGAGGCUGAGGCCCAGACACACGAAGCUGUAUGUUGCCUUGUCUGUCGGGCUGUGCCUCCUGGUCAGCGUCCUGGUGUUGUUCUUCCUGUUUCCACGCUCCGUGAUUCUGUCUCCAGUAGCCGUCAGUUCCUCCUCUGUUUACUUCACUCACGACGGCGUGCAGAUUAACAUCACGAACGUGCUGAACAUCACUAAUAACAACUUUGCAGCGGUGCAGGCCUACAACCUGACGGUGCAGGCGCUCAACUUUGGCACGGUGCUGGGAACGGUGUCCAUUAAGAACGUCGCGUCUGUCAAACCUCUGUCCGUGAAGACGUACUCCUUCAUGAUACCCAUCCAGCUGACAGACCCUGGUUUGAGCAACUACUGUAAGAAAGAGUCGCUGCCUGUCCAUAUUCUAUAUGUGAACCUACAGUAAGUAUGACAUCCUCCU